UUAUAUAAUCACUUUCAGAUUAUUCAAAAUGAGUCCUUCGUCAGUUUUUAUCACUGGUUGCAACAGGGGUAUCGGAUUAGAGUUGGUUCGUCAGUUCAUUGUUUCUGAAUCUGCUCCCCGUCAUAUAUUUGCAACUUACAGAACCCUUUCAGAUGAAUUGAAGAAGCUGGGUGACGAGAACAAGAAUGUUCAUCUGAUUAAAAUGGAUGUCACGGAUAUUCCGUCUUAUCCGGCAAUUGUAAAACAGGUUGACGAGGUUGUAGGAGAGGCUGGAUUAAACCUUUUAAUCAACAAUGCCGGCCUCCUACCUGGGCCUCGGGAGUAUGCGUCCACAACGCCGGAGUUCAUGAGACAGGCUUUCGAGGUCAACUGUAUAGCGCCGUUCUUCUUCACUAAGGCAAUGUUUCCUUUAAUUGAGAGAGCUGUAAAGGGAAGUUCAGAAAAAGGCAUGAGUUUGAGAAAGGGAGGUGUGGUUCAAAUCUCUACAGUGUUAGCCAGUGUCACAGAAACUACUGGUGGAAUAUACCCGUACAGAUGUUCUAAGUCUGCCCUGAAUAUGAGUAUGAAAAGUAUGUCCCAGGAUUUGAAGGAUACUGGAGUACUUAUCCUUGCAGUUCAUCCUGGCUGGGUUAGAACAGAUAUGGGAGGUCCUAAUGGCCAGAUGUCUACUGAGGAGUCCUGUAAGUCCUUACUGAAAACAUUUGCUGAGGUUUCAGACAAGGAUCAUGGAGCGUUCCUGCAUUAUGAAAACAAACCAAUUCCUUGGUAGAUCUCACAUCAGAAUAUGUCUAGUUACGAAUGUAAACAUGUAUACUGUUAAUUAAAUAUCUAAUCAGUAAAACACAGAUUACUUUCCAUAAUGUUAAAUACGUAUUUUUUCUUGUAUCUUUUAAAGGGCCUCAGGGACUGUCAAAACAUUUUUUAGUGACAAGACUGAGGACGGUGACCUUAGAGUUGCAUAUCCGAUUUACAGUGAUACCGUUUUAACCUUUAUCUCAGCAACAAUGAUAUUUCUGCUCAGUCAAAGGUUUAAAU